AUGCGAAUCAAUAACAGAGACAGACAGACACACACGGCCGAUGGUCUGCCAAGGCAGGGGUGGACUUGGACUUGGAGGGGAGUGACAACAAGAACAACACUUUCUGUAUCCGUAUCUCUCUCUAUCUGUUAUCAUCCACUAUUUCUCUCUCUCUCUCUUUCUUUUGCUUUCCUCACUCCCCUCUUUGCGCUGCUGGACACGCUCUCUGCCUCCCACUCACUCAGUCCAUUUGUUGGGCUGGGCCUGGGGCCCUUUGGGCUCGACUCUUUCGACGAAGGGGGUCCCCUUCUGACUGGACCAGUGGACAGUAACGGGAUAAGACAUCCACGGGUUAGGACACGACGAGGGGGGCCGCAGAAGAAGCCAUAUCCACUUUGUUGGUGUACCCCUCGUCCUAGCCGCAGGCGACAUGCAACAAGGCACCGGGGGGAGGGGAUCUGGCUGUCUAGUCCGCUACGGCAAGGACAGCGAGAAAAACAGAGAGAGGAAAAGGCGUCCUCGUGCCUAUUACUUUUCACGUAUCUGAAUAUAGCUGCAUACCCUGGGAUAGAGAGCUCUGGGGGUGGAGGGAAGCGAGGAAGAUGA